GCGGGACCCUGAAGGGGAGCGGAAGCGAGGCGGCUCUGCUGCUUCAGCGACCGGGCGGCGGCGGCGGCGGCGGCGGCGACGGCGACGAAGGUUGUGGCGGUGACAGCAGCGGGAAUAGGCGGUGCCCUCCAGGAGCAGCAGCGGGGUCGGCAGCCACUCGCACUGCUGGAGAGGGGCCGACCCGGAGCGGAGUGGAACAGCUGCGCCACGGGUGGCAUUUUGCAUCCCGGAGUGCAGGAGCCAGUCCCAGAAGAGAAGCAAGGCUGAGCCCAGAGCGCUGGGUCGCUUCAGCAGGGAAGACUCCCUUCCCCCUGCGUCGGGCUGCUGAGCACUGAGCAGCGCUCAGAAUGGAAGCCAUCGCCAAAUAUGACUUCAAAGCCACUGCAGACGACGAGCUGAGCUUCAAAAGGGGGGACAUCCUCAAGGUUUUGAAUGAAGAAUGUGAUCAGAACUGGUACAAGGCAGAACUCAAUGGGAAAGAUGGCUUCAUUCCCAAGAAUUACAUAGAAAUGAAACCCCAUCCGUGGUUUUUUGGCAAAAUCCCCAGAGCCAAGGCAGAAGAAAUGCUUAGCAAACAGCGGCAUGACGGGGCCUUCCUCAUCCGAGAGAGCGAGAGCGCUCCCGGGGAUUUCUCCCUCUCCGUCAAGUUUGGAAACGACGUGCAGCACUUCAAGGUGCUCCGAGACGGAGCCGGGAAAUACUUCCUCUGGGUGGUGAAGUUCAAUUCUUUGAAUGAGCUUGUAGAUUAUCACAGAUCUACAUCCGUCUCCAGAAACCAGCAGAUAUUUCUCCGGGACAUAGAACAGGUGCCACAGCAGCCGACGUACGUCCAGGCCCUCUUCGACUUCGACCCCCAGGAGGAUGGAGAGCUGGGCUUCCGUCGGGGAGACUUUAUCCACGUCAUGGAUAACUCAGACCCCAACUGGUGGAAGGGGGCUUGCCACGGGCAGACCGGCAUGUUCCCCCGCAAUUACGUCACCCCCGUGAACCGGAACGUCUAAGAAUCGAGAAGAGGGUAUUUAAAGAAAGUGAAAAAUUUAAAACACAUGCAAAGAAUUAAACCCACGUGCUGCCUCUAACAGCAGCCCGUGAGGGAGCUCAGAACACCUGGCUGGGUCACCUGGUGACCCUCUCACUUUGGUUGGAACUUUGGGGGGGUGGGAGGGGAGUUGGAUAUAACAAUGCCAAAACUUACCUAUAAAUUAAGAAAAAGAUUUUUUAUUACAAAUUUUCACCACUGCUCCUAUUUCUCUUUUGUUCUUUUUUUCAUCUUUUUUUCUCUUCUGUCCAUCAGUGCAUGACAUUUAAUGCCACAUAUAGUCCUAGCUGAUGCCAAUAAUAAAAGAAAAGAAACC